AUGCCACCGCCGUUGCUGUCCCCGCUGUCCCCUCUGCUCCUGCUGCUCCUCUCCAGCUCCGCCCGCGGCGCCGUCCACGCCAACCUCACCGAAGGCUGCCAGAUCAUCCACCCUCCGCGGGACGGGGGCAUCCGCUACCGGGGCCUAACGCCGGACGAGGUGCGGAGCGUGCGGUUCCUGCCCUUCGACUACGAGAUCGAGUACGUGUGCCGGCCCGAGCGCGAGAUCGUGGGGCCCAAGGUGCGCAAGUGCCAGCGCGACGGCACCUGGACGGCCAUGGGCCACCCCAGCCGCUGCCUGCGGACGUGCCCCAAGGCCCACCUGAGCCUGGAGAACGGGCAGGUGGCUGCGGGGGCCAUGGAGAAGGUCCCCGUGGAGGGCACCUGGGCCAGGUUCUCCUGCCAGCCCGGCUUCCGCCUGGUGGGCGCCGCGCGCAGCAACUGCACCCGGAGCGGGCGCUGGAGCCAGCCCCGGCCACACUGCCUGCCUCAUCGCCCCCCCUCAGGUGAGUCCGUGCUCCUCCCCCACCCCCCCAAAUCCAUGGGGAGCCCCGAGCGGGUGGCCCCGCGCUGGCUGGGGGCGGCCGUUUUGGGGUGGUUUUUGGGGUGGCUGCUGGGCCGGACGCCGACGUGGGCCCUAGGGAAGAAGGCCGUGCACGUGGGCGCGCUCUUCCCCAUGUCCGGCGGCUGGCCGGGCGGGCAGGCGUGCCUGCCGGCCGUCAGGAUGGCCCUGGAGGACAUCAACGAGCGCCGUGACAUCCUGCCCGACUACGAGCUGCGCCUCAUCCACGUCGACAGCAAGUGUGACCCCGGCCAGGCCACCAAGCUGCUCUACGAGCUGCUCUACAACCUCCCGUUCAAGAUCAUCCUCAUGCCCGGCUGCUCCAGCGUCUCCAUUUUUUUUUUUUUUUUUGCGCGGAUCUGGAACGUCACCGUGCUCUCCUACGGCUCCAGCUCCCCGGCGCUCUCCAACCGCCGGCGCUUCCCGACCUUCUUCCGGACGCACCCGUCAGCGACGCUGCACAACCCCACGCGCGUCCAGCUCUUCAAGAAGUGGGGCUGGACCAAGAUCGCCACCAUCCAGCAGACCGAGGAGGUCUUCACCUCGACCCUGGAUGACCUCGACCGGCGGGUGAAGGAGGCCGGGCUGGAGAUCACCUUCCGCCAGAGCUUCUUCUCCGACCCCUCCGCGUCCGUCCGGAACCUCAAGCGCCAGGACGCCCGGAUCAUCGUGGGGCUCUUCUACGAGACGGUGGCACGGAAAGUCUUCUGUGAGGUCUACAAGGAGAAGCUCUACGGCAAGAAGUACGUCUGGUUCCUGAUUGGCUGGUACGCCAACAAGUGGUUCCGCACCCCGGACCCCUCCAUCAACUGCACCGAGGCCGAGAUGGCCGAGGCCGUUGAGGGCCACAUCACCACCGAGAUCGUCAUGCUCAACCCCGAGAACACCCGCAGCAUCUCCAACAUGACGUCCCAAGAGUUCAUCGAGAAGCUGGAGAAGAGGCUGGGGAACAACCCGAAGGAGACCGGGGGCUACCAGGAGGCGCCACUGGCCUACGACGCCAUCUGGGCCUUGGCCUUGGCGCUCAACAAGACGGCCCAAGAGUUGGCCAAGCAAGGGGUGGGGCUGGACGAGUUCAACUACAACAACAAGACCAUCACCGAUGAGAUCUACCGGGCCCUCAACUCCUCGGCCUUCGAGGGCGUCUCGGGCCACGUUGUGUUCGACGCCAGCGGCUCCCGCAUGGCCUGGACCCUCAUCGAGCAGCUCCAAGAUGGGGAGUACCAGAAGAUCGGUUACUAUGACAGCACCAAGGACAACCUGUCCUGGUACAACAACGACAAAUGGAUCGGGGGGUCCCCUCCGGCCGAUUACACCAAGGUGAUCACCACGUUCCGCUUCCUGUCCCAAAAAUUGUUCAUUUCUGUCGCGGUGUUGGCGUCGCUGGGGAUCGUCCUGGCCGUGGUUUGUUUGGCCUUCAACAUCUACAACGGGCACGUGAGGUACAUCCAGAAUUCCCAGCCCUACCUGAACAACAUGACGGCCGUCGGUUGUACCCUGGCGCUCGCCGCCGUCUUCCCGCUGGGGCUCGAGGGCGGGAACAGGCGGCGGCGCCGUUUCCAACUGUGGCGGCGCGUUCCAACUCUGGCGGCGGGUGUUCCGCAGGCGCGGCUGUGGCUGCUGGGGCUGGGCUUCAGCCUGGCCUACGGCAGCAUGUUCACCAAGAUCUGGUGGGUGCACACCGUCUUCACCAAGAAGGACGACAAGAAGGACAAGCGGAAGAGCCUGGAGCCCUGGAAGCUCUACGCCACCGUGGGGGGCCUGGUGGCCUUUGACGUGGUCACGCUGAGCGUGUGGCAGAUUGUGGACCCCCUGCACCGCACCAUCGAGGAGUUCACCAAGGAGGAGCCCAAGUCGGACAUGGACGUAUCCAUCCUGCCCCAGCUCGAGCACUGCAGCUCCACCAAGAUGAACACCUGGCUCGGGAUUUUUUAUGGAUUCAAGGGGCUGCUGCUGCUGCUGGGGAUUUUUUUGGCUUACGAGACCAAAAGCGUCUCCACGGAGAAAAUCAACGACCACCGGGCUGUGGGCAUGGCCAUCUACAACGUGGCGGUAAAUUUUAGAAAAUCCUGGGAAAAAUUUGGGGGAUUUGUUUUGGGGUCGCUGGGAAUUUUUUGGGAAUUUUUUGGGAAUAAUUCGGGGCAGAUGCGGCGGCUGAUCACGCGCGGCGAGUGGCAGGCGGAGCAGCAGGACACGAUGAAGACGGGAUCGUCCACCAACAACAACGAGGAGGAGAAAUCUCGGCUGCUGGAGAAGGAGAACCGCGAGCUGGAGAAGAUCAUCGCUGAGAAGGAAGAGCGCGUCUCCGAGCUCCGCCAGCAGCUCCAGGCCCGGCAGCAGCUCCAGCUGCGCUCCCGGCGCCGCCACUCCCGCGACUCCCAGAAUUCCCAGGGCUUCCCCCAGAAUUCCCAGCCCCCCCAGCAUUCCCAGCAUUCCCAACAUUCCCAGAAUUCCCAGGGCUUCCCCCAGCCCAGCCUGGUUCGCUGCCUGGUCUCGGAGCAGGCGGAGAAGCUCGGCCGCGGGAAUUGCGACGGCAGCCGCGUGCACCUGCUCUACAAGUGACGGCGCAAUUCCCGGCAUUCCGGAAUAUCCCGGAAUUCCUAUGGGAAAACCAUUCCCACCAAGAAGUUCCUGGAAUUCAAGCAGAAAAAUCCCAGAAUUCAGGUGGGAAAGUUGCUGGAAUUCCAAGCGCAAAAAUCCCAGAAUUUUGGUGGGAAAAUACGAGAAUUCAGGCAGGAAAAUUCCUGGAAUUCACACAGAAAAGUCCUAGAAUUCAUGAAUUCAUUAGAGAAAAUCAUGGAAUUAAUCCAGAAAAACUCCUGGAAAUCCUGAGGAAAAUAAUGGGAUUUCUGCUGAAGAAUUCCUGGAAUUCACACACACAAAAAAAAAAAUUCCCAGAAUUCACAGAGAAAAUAAUGAAAUUCCCACCAGAAAAUUCCUGGAAUUCCUGCCAAAAGAUCCUGGAAUUCUAGCAGAAAAGUCCUGUAAUUCACCCAGGAAAAAAUCCUGGAAUUCACGAAGAAAAUCCCAGAAUUCCCACAGAAAAAUUCCUGGAAUUCCCAUGGAAAAAUUCCCAGAAUUCCCGCCCAAACCCACCGGGAAAUCCAUCGGGUUAGAAACGCACUGUACAGAAUUCCGAGAUAAAUCUGGGAUAAAAAUUCCCAGAAAUCCUCCAGAAUUCCCAUUUGUCCUUUGGUUACCCCAGAAAUGCCCCAGAAUUCCCAAAUUUCCCCUAGAAUUCCCAAAAUUUAUCCCAAAAAUCCUCCAGAAUUUCCAAUUUUUUCCCUAGAAUUCCCAACUUCCCCCCAGAAUUCCCAAUUUUCCUCCAGAAUCCCCAACAUUUAUCCCAAAAAAUCUCUUAGAAUUCCCAAAUUUUCUCCAAGAAUUCUGAACUUUCCCAUAUUGAUCCCCAAAACCCUCAAGAAUUCAUAAAUUUUGUAAAAAAAUUCCCCAUUUCCCUCAAGAAUUCACCUUUAUCCCCAAAAUCCCCCAGAAUUCCAAAUUCCUCCCCCCAAAAUUCAGAAUUUUCCUCCAAAAUCCCCCAAUUUCCCCCAGAAUACCCAAUGUAUCCCAAAAAUCCUCCAGAACUCCAAAUUUCCCCCCAAAAUUCCCAAUUUCCCCCCCAGAAUUCCCGAAAUUUAUCCCAAAAAUCACCCCAGAAUUCCCAAAAAAUCCUCCAACCCCCUCCAGGCGAGAAAAAUUCCCGGAAUUCAGAGGAAAAAAAUUGGGAUUUGGGGCCAGGAAUUCCCAGAAUUUUCUGGGAAUUCUCAGUUUGGCGUCUGGGCUCCAGAAUUUCCAAAAAUUCCUGCAGAAAAAUCGGGAUCCUGCUGCUCCCCA